GGAGGAGGCUGUUUGCCUUGGCUCCCGGGGCUGGCUGUGCCCCAGCUGCCUUCUCACCACGCCCUUGCCCUGUCAGGAACCCCAGGCCUGAGCUCUAGGGCAGCUUCAUCUGGAUGCCAUGCCGCUUUUCCCUGCCCACCGUAGGAGGGUUCUAGAACCUGUGCCCAGGAAGCCCGGGCUCUGGGCUGCUCACCCUCCCACGCCAAGAGGAGCCUCUGACCCCCAGCAGGUGCCCAUGCCAGUCUCCCCCAGGGCACUGCAUCCUGGAGCGGACCACAGGCUGCAUUUCUCCGUCCCUCACCCACCCCCAGCCCGGAAGGGACCCGCCGGCCCACGUGGCCCCAGGCAGUGCCAGUGGUGGCUAGGGUGCUGUUUCCUGGGGCCCGGCACAGGGGCCAGCGGAAAGCCACACACUCGCCCAGGGCAGGCAGCUCUCCACCCACCAAUUGUCUGCCUCAAAUAUGCCCCGCGUUGCUGGCCCUGGGCGUGUGUGCUGCUCGCUGGUGCCCUCCAAGGAACCACCUGAAGGACUCGGUGGGCGGCAGGGACAGCUCAGGGGACCCCAUUCCCGAGGAGCUCUACGAGAUGCUGAGUGACCACUCGAUCCGCUCCUUUGAUGACCUCCAGCGUCUGCUGCAUGGAGCCUCCGUAGAGGAAGACGGGGCCGAGCUGGACCUGAAUUUGACCCUAUCCCAUUCUGGAGGCGAGCUGGAGAGCUUAACCCGAGGGAGAAGGAGCCCAGGUUCCCCGACGGUCGCCGAGCCGGCCGUGAUCGCCGAGUGCAAGACGCGCACUGAGGUGUUCGAGAUCUCGCGGCGCCUCAUAGACCACACCAACGCUAACUUCCUGGUGUGGCCACCGUGCGUGGAGGUGCAGCGCUGCUCGGGCUGCUGCAACAACCGCAACGUGCAGUGCCGCCCCACCCAGGUGCAGCUGCGGCCCGUCCAGAGGCACUUGGAUGGUUCUGUCCUCCAGGUGAGAAAAAUCGAGAUUGUACGGAAGAAGCCAACCUUUAAGAAGGCCACGGUGACCCUGGAGGACCACCUGGCGUGCAAGUGUGAGACAGUGGUGGCUGCUCGACCUGUGACCCGAAGCCUGGGGAGUACCCAAGAGCAGCGAGCAGCCAAGACACCCCAAACUCGGGUGACCAUUCGGACGGUGCGAGUCCGCCGGCCCCCCAAGGGGAAGCACCGGAAGUUCAAGCACACGCAUGACAAGAAGGCGCUGAAGGAGACCCUCGGAGCCUAGGGGCAUCUGCGAGAGAGUGUGGGCAGGGUUAUUUAAUAUGGUAUUUGCUGUAUCGCCCCCAUGGGGUCCUUGGAGUGAUAAUAUUGUUCCCCUCGUCCGUCUGUCUCGAUGCCUGAUUCGGACGGCCAAUGGUGCUUCCCCCCUUCCGCCUGUCCGUCCACCCACCAGCGGGUCCCCUCAUUGGCCUCCAGCGCCUUGCCCGGAAGCUCGAGAAGGAAACGGAGGACCUGAACUCCAUUGCUGUCUUCCUCCGCCGACCCCGAGAAUCUGGGAUAGAAGCACAAGAAAGACCGGUGGGCCCGCUGUUCCCCGGCUCCCGCCCGGGUCACACCUGAGUGCUGUGGACUGGCAAAGCCCUGCACGAGGCCCCGAGGCCCUCUAGGCAUGGGUGGCCUGCCUGGGCCCAGGACCCUUGGCCAGCUUUGAAGGGAACGCCCCCAGGCAGACCAGGGUACCUCGAACUCCUGUGCCUGAGACCACGCGGGGGAGCCCAGACUGGAGAAAAGCCCUCCCACGGCGCCCAGGCCCAGUCACUUCUCCCUGGUCACCUCUGCUUACAGUGGCUUCCUUUCGUUUUAUACAUAUGAGAUCUUUGACGGUGCGGACUCCUCUGGGUGGGCGUGGCCCAAGCACCAGGCAGCCAAGUGCCCCCUCAGAUGGGUUAGAGAUGAAGUUUGCUCUGGAGCCGACAUGGAUGGUGACCUGGGCAUUCACUGCCUCCUUCCACUCUCCCCCACCUUCACUUCCUCUGUUUUAUCUCGCUACCUCCACCCUGUAUCUUCCUCUUGUCCUGGCCCUCAGUCUGCUCCACCAAGGGGCUCGUGGACCCCAUACUUCUGCUCCAUUAGGCAGAAGACCAGGGGUCAGGGCAGCAGGGGGCCUGCCGGUCAUAUCCCAGCCCAGCCAAGACUGCCAUGUAGGUUUGCGCAGGGUGUGCACUGCACAAGGGCACUGGCUGCAGGGAUCAUUUUUCACACCGUAAAACGUGGCCAAUAUGUGUAUUUAUUAGGACAGUUUUCUGGCAGAUGGAGAGAAAAAUGUCUAGAGAAAGGGAUCCUUUUCCUAACUGACACAAAGGCUCCAUGUGGACUGGCUGUGCCCCAACCUGGCCGAUGGCUCAGAGUGGUUGGACAGGAGAGCCCAUGUUGGGUGGGGAGGCAACACUGUUGUCCAUCUGGCCUCCGUUUUCCUGAGUCCUCAGCUCAAGAGUUCCCCUUCCAGGCAGGUGUGAAAAACCCAAGAGAAAGUCUCCAAGGGAAGGGGUAGCCCUUGCUCUCCCCCUGCACACUCCCCCCAUAUUAGAUUAUUUUGAGUUCCACUUCUGGUGGCCCCUCCCAGGAAACCAGCUCAUGGGCUGGGAGUGGGGGAGAAAAGGGAAAAGACCCCCAGGGCUCCCCGGGGUGGGGUCUGAGCUCCCACCUCCCUCCCCACCUUCGACUGCCCUUUCCUCCCCACCCUCUCCCCUCCAAAAUCUGCUUCCUUCAGUUUGUAAAGUUGGUGAUUAUAUUUUUGGGGGCUUUCCUUUUAUUUUUUAAUUGUAAAUUUAUUUAUAUUCCGUAUUUAAAGUUGUAAAAAAAAAAAAUAACCACAAAACAAAACCAAGUGCAUCCACCGGA